AUGUCUCUAGAACAAUUCAGUUAUCUAAACAGCGGAACAUCUAGUGGAUUGCAAGAAUCACAUUCAACAUCUCAUGAUCUUCUACACUCGUGGGAGAAUUUAAAUCUUCCGGCAGACCCCCCGGCCGGUCGGCACGGCUAUUAA